AUGGAUCGAUUGUUCCCGCAGAUUGUACAACUAUUUCCUUUUUGCCUUAGAGGUGAGCGCCAUAAUUGUUCAUUUUCCAUGCAUUUUGUACAAGUUACUGUUGCUGCGAUAAAGUUUACGUUGUGUAGCCGUCUUUCUUCAUUAUCAUUUUUUAUCACUUCAUUUUGUGUGGCCUCAAAAUCGAAAGUAACCAGACGAUAAUCAACUCCUUUUUUCAGUUCCAAAGGGCGAAUAAAACAUCCUCUAUCCACGUUGUGAAACUGACGACAAAUUUGACACCACUUUUGACCACAAACAUGUUUCUUUUCAGCCUCUCUCUUGUAAUUUUUCAUUG